AAAAUUAACAUGUACAUGACAGAACACAACUGAUAGCCAUUGAACUGAUAGUUUUAUACUCUUGUCAUCUUAACUUUGGUAACAAAAGAAAAAAAAUACAAAUGUUUAAUUAAUGGAUACAUAUAUAUGUAAAUUAUUGUAAAUAAUUAAUUUUAUUAAUCUAAGGUGACAAGUAAAAUAAUAAUUAAAUCGAUAACGUUAAAGUGAGGGUAAAAAAAAUUAUUUUUAGUAUAUUCAACAAAUAUUUCCUCUCACUGUCUUGUAUUGACAUCUAUUUAUGGUAUUAACAAUGAAAACAAAGUAUCAAUUGUGUCAUAAUCAUAUAUAUUUAUAGAUAAGAAAUAAUAAUAUUUUUAUGGCAAAAUGAUACGUAAAAAGUGAUAUAAAAAAAAAUAAUUUAUAUUAGUUACUAAAACAAAGAAAAAAUAAUAUACUUUGAAAAUGACACAUUCAAACAGAAAACGUGUAAGGAGCAUGGAAGAUGAAAGCAGCGAAUUUACACCAUUGAGUAAAAGAAUAAAUAAUCUUCAUUUGAACGGUUUCUCAGGACUUCAAGAAUCGUCGAGCAGCAGUACAGAAGCUGAAUGGAAAAAUAGAAAUUAUACUUCCUCAUCAAAUGAUUCUGAACCAUCAAAUUCGUCAUCAUGUAAACAAUAUCCUCCAAUUCAAAAUAAUUAUUCAAGUGAUUACAGACCCGAUCUUAAUGCCAAUGAUAAUCCAUAUUACUAUGAAAAUAAUAAAUUACUUUAUUCUCUUUAUAUGGAGAGAAUGAAUAGACGAUCUAAUCUAUAAAUUAAUAAUAAUAACAAAUAAUCAGUCAUGUAUUUAUCAUUUAUUUCAUGCAUUUUAAAAAUAAUAAAUUUCGGCGAAUUAUUAAAUUAGAUAAAUCAA